AGGUCGGACGGGGUGUGGCCAGCGUCUUGCGAGUUUAUAAAUAGAGCUUUUAUCAGCGGACUCAUCACACUGCUUCAAAUGUUGCGCUGCAUCCUGAGAUGAACAACAUUAGGAGGACCUGACCGAGGACAGGACAAGAGAACAGGCUGGUCGCACCGCUGGCAAGGUGAGAGAGCCGACUGGCGGACUCGGCAUGGAGAGGUGCUUGAGCGACCCACCGGAUGGCGGCUAUGGCUGGGUCGUGGUCACCUCGGCCUUCUUCAUCAUGGGCCUCACCGCUGCUGUUUUUAAAAACUUUGGUCUGUUUUUCCUUGAAAUCCAAAGUCACUAUGAUGUCCUUAACAGUACUACCUCAUGGGUGACCUCAAGCACUAUUGCUGUGUUUCAUUUAGGAGCUCCUCUGGCCAGUGCUCUCAGUAUGCGCCUGUCCCAGCGCGCUGUUAUCAUGAUCGGAGGGCUUCUGGCUACCUCGGGAAUGAUUAUGGCCUCUUUGGACCUCAGCCUGCCUUGGAUGUAUCUGUCUAUUGGUGUACUCCAAGGACUUGGCAUUUCAUUUUCUUGGAUACCAGCUAACAGCAUGGUCAGCCAUUAUUUCAGACGCUGGCGUCCCAUUGCCUAUGCGAUUGCUAGUUCUGGAGAGUGUGUCUUUGCAAUGGGAUUCAGCCCAUUUUUCCAGUGGCUUAUCGACAGCUAUUCUUGGCAGGGGGCUCUACUCAUUAUCGGUGGUCUUCAGCUGAAUCUGUGUGUGUGUGGUGCUCUGAUGAAACCCCUCCCAGCUGCACAAACCUCCAUCCAAGACAAACCGGUGCUGGAAGAAAGCAGGACAUCAAAAAAAGGCACUUUCCAGUGGUCCCUUCUGCAGAGGCCUGAGCUGCUGCUAUAUAUUGUGUUUGCCAUCUUGGCGGCGACGGGUUUCUUCAUCCCACCUCUGUUUCUGGUACCCUAUGCCAGCAGUUUGGGCAUGGAGCAGUACUGGGCGGCCUCGGUUCUGUCAGUGCUGGCAUUGGCAGACCUGCUGGGCAGACUAGCAUGCGGGUGGCUGGCUAACCUGCGGCUUGUGAGAAACCUGCCGCUGCUGACCAUGGUGGUCACUGCGCUGGGGGUGGUGCUGCUUCUGCUUCCCAUUGCACAGAGCUACUGGAGUAUCCUGGUCUUUGUCUCACUCUAUGGCUUCCUGUUCGGCUGCGUGGUGGCCAUCCAUGUGACGACUAUUGUGGAUAUUGUUGGACUGGAGGGCUUUGACAGCGCUCUAGGGCUCUUCAUGCUGUUACGGAGCUCUGGAGGAUUUGUGGGUCCACCUGCUGCAGGCUGGCUGGUGGACUGGACUCAUGACUUCAGUGCUAGUUUCUACUUAUCUGGCCUCUGCCUUGUCCUGUCAGGGGUUUUCGUGGUGCUUGUUGACAGGCUGGUGAAGAAGAAAAAACUCAAACUAUCAAAUUCAUGCACUGAGUCUGAGACUACAGAUCAUCCAAUACUAAAAGCGGACUGUGCAGAUGUUUAAAAGCCACUUAAGAUAAUAUUCCAGUGUUUUACUUUUGUUAUAUUAUGAACUUUGUUUAUUUAAAGUCAUAUUAUUAUUAUUAAUGUUUUUACUUUUCAAAAAAGCAAUAGGCAUUUUAUUAUCUCAACCUCUCAGCCUAUAACUUCCAGACAGAGAGAUCUUAGUUAAGACUGAGACACCAUUGUAGCCACUUUUCAAGCCACUAAAAGUUUGCAGACAAUGACAAGAAAUGUCAUUCAGAACGUUUUUCUGCCCUUAGAAAUAAUUAAAGAAGCACUGCAGAGUGCAGAUGCAGCUGCUUAUUAUUUAAUCACUUACAGAACAAGCAUUCAUGUAUGACACUUUUACAGUAUCUGAAAGCAAUAUAAAUAAUCUGAUUUUUAUGUUUGUGUUCAUGGCAGGUACUACAAAUUACAUGUGCAUAGAAGCUACAUACAGUGGCUCCAA